AUGACCUCGUACCAAGGCUUCGCCGCCAUCUCAAGGGGUCGCCGGGACCAAGCGCCAUGCUUUUCACAUGUAUCCUUGAUGCUUCUGCUUCUGGUGCUUGGGUUCUGCCUGACCACUCGGCGGGUUGCUGCCACAUUUACCGCCGCUGCCACAGUCCCGAUUGCGCUCGAGCUGUCCGCCAGCGGCUCGCCACAGCGGACAGGAGCGGGCCUGAUUGAUGUUGGGUGUCGUCGCAACCUCGUAGACCGUGACCUCAAUGCCGUGGCCAUGCGUCGGCUGGGCGACCUUACGGGCUGCACCCUAGAUACCACCGAGGUGCAGACCCAGCUGGCAGGUCUGGCUUUGUUUGUGACAGACGGCAGCUGUGCGCUUAGCAUCAAGCGGGCCGUUGCACGGCAGCUCGGCGCAAGCUUGCUCGUUGUGUGGCGUGCCGAAGAAACCUACCCUGCUGCUCCCUCUACCUUGGCGGCGUGUGCCAAUUGUGCCCCCACCGAUCCAUUUCUUGACCCCUUUCAAACUGGCACGAGCAGCAACAUUGUCAGUGCAGAUCCCAGCCCGAGCAGCUACAGUGACCUCUGCACCCUACCCGUGCUGGGGGUUGAACCAGAACUUGGCAUGGUUGUUGCGGGCUACUUUAAGGAAAACAUCGUACCACGGCUCACGGUACCCGAUCUCGAGCCGCUCACGUGCUUGGCCCCCUUCCACCCCGCCCUCACCUCGGUCGUCUUCAUCUCCAACUCCCGCCUGCGUGUUCAGCUCAACUUGAGCACCUCACCCAUGGCUGCUCGGUGCUGGUAUCAUCGGAAGGAUCUCACCUAUGACCCGUGCAUUAGCACCAGCUCUGAACUGGCCAGCUGUCUCUCCGCGCGUGUGGAUGCCCUCCUACUCAGCGAUGUCACCGUGUCCUCGCCCACCCUCGAAUGCAACGUGCCCCUUGACAUUCUCGCCAACCGAGAUGACUACACCCUCGCCGUCCAGGUCUUGUACGGCCGGGGUGAUCUCAUCACACUUCAGUGCUUUUCGCACCAACACCAGCGUUUGAGCUUGUGGACCGCUACGCAUGGACGCUCCCUGGCCACCAUUGGGGUCAAUGUCGACAACGCAACCACCACCUCCACUUGUGCUUGCACUUCCCUUUGUCACCUGCGCAUUCGGGGCAAAAAUGGCCUCUGGUGCCAAGGUGAAAGCACGUGCACAAGUGCACAACCCGUGGCUAUCCGCGAUACUGUUGAUCUUGACACCACCGCACUGGCCAUCCCAUGUGCCCAGCAGCUGCCUGGCCUCCCCUAUCGAGCCUGCGCCACGUCGUGUUCAGGCGGACGCUGCGAGGCAGAUGGCACCUGUACCUGCGUAUCUGGGUGGCAAGACACCAACUGCGAUGAGCCUAUCUGCUCUCAAGGCUGCGCAGCUCGCUACGGCACAUGCGUAGCCCCCAACGUAUGCAAUUGCUCAUCCAAUUACACGGGUCCUGCAUGCACAAUUCCCAUGUGUUCACACAAUUGCAGCGGCAACGGCGUCUGCGCCAGUCCUGGCGUCUGUCGCUGCUUUGAGGGCUACACCGGUAGCAGUUGUGCUACUGCCAGUCCAUCUGACUCCACCUCGGGAUCCGUCACCAUGGGAACACGCAUCGCCUUUGCGCUGCUCGUCUCAGCCCUGGUGGUUUGCUUGGUCGUCGUUGGCUUGUUGUGGCGCAUCAAAAAAGCUCGGCCUCACCUUAUUGUGCAGCAACCACCCGAGGGCGUGGAACUUGGUCCGCUGGUUACGCGCGUACGCACUGUGCGUCGCUCAUUUUUGGGGCUGUCCAACACCACCCGCACCACUGAGGACUUUUAUGAAAAUCUGUCCCAGGAUGCUGCCAAUACUGCUGCGGGCCUGCUUCCUUCAUAUCAGGAUGCAACAAGCUCUAGCACAACGCCACGUGUCACGCCCGUACCACAUGCAAGUCCGCCGACAGCCCCAGUUCCGCUUGCUCUUAAUCCAAUUGCUGAGGAAGGGCAGGAAGCUGCGACCUCAUCUGCUCGUAGCACGCCUCUGGCCAGUCCCGUGCCCAACCACGUGGAUGUGCUGCCCUCAUACGAAGAAACGCUUCAGCGUCAGCAGCAAGUGGCCGCAGGCGUGGCACGGGAGCUACGCCGCUAUCAUUCAGCCCCUGCCCUUCCCCGCGCUAUGCACCGAAACACCGAGGAUCACCGUGGUGGACGUGGUCCCUCAAGCUCUCGAGUUGAACCCAACGACGCAAACGGGGUUGGCCAUCGACAGGCGUCAGCAGCCUCACCAAGGCAAAGUGUUUCGUCGCAAAAUAGCGUGAGAACUCGUCAAGCUUGGCUCAGUCAAAGUGCUGGCGGUGCUCAGGUCGCGCGCUCUGAGCGUCAAGCUGCAGCAGGUCAAGUUGUAGGGGCACUACGUCCACUGCGUCCCCCGCAGACUUUGCCGUCGCCACGCGCACGUGGUCUAAGUGAACAGCUUCUCCGAUCGUCUGCGCCGAUGCUGAUUGAGUUUGAUGAUGACCGUACAAGAGGAGCGUCUCCUGUCUCGCACUCACCGACGCCCUCAGCCUCACCGGUCCCGGAUCGACCAUUCCUGCCGUCAGCACCCGUGCCUUCGCAGGCACGGCGGCAUCGUCGACGGGUGGCACCCAUAACGUUACCGACUGAAAUGCCUCGUUUGACGCCCCCCACAAGUCCAUUUCGCAUGCCCACCAUGGGCCGGCGUGCGUCCGGGCCGGUGGCAGCCCCCAUACCCGGCUUUGUAAGGGCUUUGCGUCCCAGCGAAUCCAGUCCCUCGGAAAGGACAAACUCUUCAACAGAGUAG